CUUCGUGUCGAGCUUCCGUUCCGUAACACAAAUCAAGUCCAUUUAGUGCCGUACUGUCCCCCAUAUAGCCCAUUCCGUCCGGAACUACAUCUGCCACGGAACUUACCGUACUUUUCCUUCCCGCAACCUAUUUCUGCGAUUGCCCAGCUGUACUAAACGUGAUGGAGCAUAGACUGGCCGAGUUCCGAGCCCAGAGGAGAAUUCAGCAACAGACCGGUCAGGGAGCUGGGACGACGGGGAAAGAUCAAGCCGUAAAGGGAAAAAAGGAAACGUCACAAACGAAUGCUGUGUCUGACCCACCCGAAGAGUGGAGCGAGACAGGAAACAUUGCUGUGACAAGCUACAAAGAAAAUGCUGCUGCACAGGAGAAUGGCACUCAGUGGCGCUGGUUGCAAGACAGUGUUCUGGGGCAGUUCCUGGGCUCGGAGCGCCUGGCCGUAACAAACCUGACCUUCCUGAAGGUGCUGCUGUGGUUGGUGCUGCUGGGUCUGUUUGUGGAGCUGGAGUUCGGCCUGGCAUUCUUCGUGCUGUCAUUGUUCUACUGGCUGUAUGAGGGCACGCGUGACUCUUCACAGAGACGCAGUGGGGAGCCCAGUGCCUACUCCGUAUUUAACCCAGGAUGCCAAGCCAUCCAGGGCACACUGACCGCAGAGCAGUUCGAGGGCGAGCUUGGCUACAGACCUCUUGCCAACAGAUAACCACCACCACCUAAUGUUAAACAUUAGGCUUUUGUAUGCAUUAAUGGACAUUUAACCAACCACCCCCACCCCCCC